AAACAAGUGGCAGUUACCGCUGGCUGGAGGACACUUCUUGUUAUUGGUAGUUUUUUAGUCAUUUUAACGUGAUUUGGACUAUCGUUAACGCAAAAUGAUGGCAUCAAGGCUGCAGCGAGUUUCGUCUCUGAUGAUGAGGCAGGUGCAGCAGCAAGUCAGGGGAUUCCACCAGACCUCGGCUGUCGCAUCAAGUCAACUUUUUGUGCACAGAGAUGAUGAUGUGGAUGAGCCGUUUGACUUCACACCAGAAACUCUUAAGAAAGCAGAAGCUGUUAUCAGCAUAUAUCCAAAAGGCUUUCAAGCAUCUGCAGUGAUUCCUGUGUUGGAUCUAGCACAGAGACAGCAUGGUUGGCUGCCCAUCUCUGCUAUGCACAAGGUUGCAGAGCUGCUAAAAAUGCCCAGGAUAAGAGUGUAUGAGGUAGCUACAUUCUACACAAUGUUCAACAGAAAGCCAGUUGGGAAGUACUUUGUGCAAGUGUGUACGAACACGCCAUGCCUGUUGUGUGGGGGUGAUAAUCUACUGGAGGGUGUAUCCGCUAAGCUAGGCAUCAAGGUCGGAGAGAUGACAAAGGACAAGAUGUUCUCGCUUUCCGAGGUUGAAUGCCUCGGCGCCUGCGUCAACGCGCCUAUGAUGAUGGUUAACGACGAUUACUAUGUGAGUACUCGCACACAGUGACACCCGGUCCCAUCAAGCGUCCAUGAAAACCCCCCAACUAAAGCAACCG